AUGCUGAUCCGCGACGGCAAGAACUACACUUCCGCGAUUCAAGGAAUGGCUUCCAGCAUCAAUCUGCUGGGUGGACUUUUGGUCUGGCUGGAAACCGGAUCCAACGAACUAUCACCGCCGAAGUGCCUCGGAGCAGCAUCCGAAGUCAGGCUGGCGGGCCCUGAUUCCGUCCUUGGCCGAACCUGUGGCAAGACCUACAACAUAAGUCCACUGAAGCAAUUAUCCAGUAUCUUCACAUGGAAUGGGAUUCUCAUGAAAAGUAUUCUUACGAACAUGACAUUAUCCCGACUCCAAGGUCGGGUUGCCAUUGUGACGGGCGCAUCUUCAGGCUUGGGUCGAAACAUUGCCUUAACGUUUGCUGCCAACGGUGCUCACGUCGUGUGCGCAGACUUGAGACCAGAGGGCCGACUGGCACCAAAAGAUGAAAAGCCGACACAUGAAGUGAUUAAUGCGAACGGUGGCAAAAGCAUCUUCGUCAUCACGGAUGUAGCUGAUUCGACAAGUGUGCAAGCAUUGAUUCAGUCAAGCGUGGAUACUUUUGGCAGAUUGGACAUUAUGGUCAACAAUGCCGGUAUCGCUGACGAGGCAUACGACCCGGUCCCCAUCUAUCAAGCGACGGAGGAGAGAUUCGAUCGGACAUUUCAGGUCAAUGCUCGGGGUGUCUUUCUUGGAAGCAAAUUUGCCGGCAUUCAGAUGAUGAAACAAUCACAAAUUCAACACAGAGAUAGGGGCUGGAUCUUGAACAUUGCUUCUGCUCUAGCCGUAACAGGGCUGACGGGAACACCUUGCUACGCUGCCUCCAAAGGGGCAGUUCUCAGCAUGACAAGAGCAAUCGCCAUGGAUUUCGCACCGCAUCUCAUUCACUGCAACUGUAUCAUGCCUGGUUUCAUGGAUACCAAGAUGAUAGCUGGGAUGGUGGGGGAUCCCAACCUCCGUGAACGACUCAAGAACGCUCACCCUUUUGGACGCUUGGGACAGCCCAAUGACGUUGCGAAUACAGCGCUGUUCCUCUGCAGUGAUGAUGCCAAAGGCGUUAAUGCUGUCGGCAGUGGGCCUCAGAAAAAUAUUUACCUAAUCGACAUUCAAACGUUAGGCCAUUGUGCCUUUACCACGCCGGGAAAGAGCGGCAAGACUCUGAAAGAUAUUCUCGAGUCCACAGAUAUCCCCAAAGUCUUCUUCGACGUCCGCAACGACUCUGAUGCUCUUCACUACCAUUUCAACAUAGCGUUGCAGGGAGUCAAGGAUGUCCAACUCAUGGAGAAUGCAUCAAGGCGCUAUGGAUCGAAGAGGCUUUUGAAUGGCCUGGCCAGGUGCAUUGAAAUUGACGCUGUCGGUGACUCUCUAACCAAGACAAAAUGGAAAUCCACCAAGACCACGGGUGACCGUCUAUUCAAUCCUACGAUGGGAGGCUCAUACGAAGUGUUCAAUGCACGUCCCUUGGCGGAAGAUAUCAAAGCGUAUUGUGUUGGAGAUGUACAAUAUCUACCACACCUGGAAGACCUAUACUGGGGCAAACUUACAACUGCAUGGAGAGAAAAGGUAGCAGAUGCAACGAUUCGACGGGUAUUGGAGUCGCAGAUGGGAAAUUACCAGCCAUUCGGUAAGGACAGAGCAUUAGGCCCGUGGCAGGACGAUCAAACUAGUGUUAGGAAAGUGUGGGAUCAGGACGCUAUGGAGAGUUUCUUCGAUGACUUUGAGGGUGGAUGUGAGGGUGACUUUGAGGACGACUAUUUCGGCGAUUGGCUUGAUGAUGGUGAAGACAACGAUUUUGAGGAUUGGACAAGAGCGCCGUGGCAGGGACCUCCCUCCUGA